UCAUCUUUCUUGGCAGAGUGAUUUCACUAUAAUCGUUGCCGAGUUUAUAUUCCAUCCCUGGAAAUUUGCAUUAGAGAAAAAAAAAAAAAAAGGCAGUUCAGAGAGUUUAGAGGCACAGAUGGUAGAAUAUCUAAGAGAACAGAUUGAUUCCUAUUUCACAGAGAGGCUUCUUAAGAAGGUUAUUGAUAUCAUGUCACACAUGAAGGAUAUAAACGUUUCAGAUGCAUCUCGGUUUUCUGGUCAAACUCCCAAAGGAGAUUACACGUUCGAAUUUGUACAGGUUAUCUCUGGUGUUCUGGCUCUUGACCAGAAUGUCCAGCACGAUGUUCUGGUAAUGAGAAAGAAUCUGUUGAAGUACAUUAAGGUAAAAGAGUAUGCUGCUGAAGCCGAAUUUCUUGAUCCUGGGCCCUCCUGCAUCUUACCUAAUGUAGCUUGCAGCAACUGUGAUGCCUACAGAGACCUAGAUUUAUGCAGAGACCCAGAUCUAUUAACAGAGAAAGAAUGGUCAUGUGCGGAUACACAAUGUGGGAAGAUAUAUGACAGAGAGCAGAUGGAGAAUAGUCUUCUCCAGAUGGUGAGACAGAGAGAGAGAGAGAAUGUAGCACAUGCAGGAUCUAGUGUGCAUUAGGUGCAAUCAGGUGAAAGCCGCUCAUUUGACAGAGCAGUGUGAGUGUUCUGGUUCCUUUAGAUGCAAAGAGAGCGGGUCAGAGUUCCACAAGAGGAUGGAGAUUUUCUUGGAUAUAGCAAAGCGCCAGAAGUUCAAAAUGCUAGAAGAAUGCACCUCUUGGAUUUUACAAUGCA